CUUGCGCCGGAAAGGACGCACGUUUAUGCUUCGGUCACAUACGUAUAAUCACUUACCGGUGUACUAAUUCAACACUGAAUAGUAGUUGAUAUAAUAUUAUUAUUACUAUGAUGACGUUAAAUAAACAUAAAAAUAUUGUGUGGUAAAAUGUGAAAUUUCAAGCGAUAUACUGUAAAUUUUUUCUUGAGACUAAAAGUUCGCUAAAGUUUCGUAAACUUAUAGUAGUUUCUGAUAGUGUGUGAAAGAAGUGCGUGUAAACUAUAGUAAAUGUUUUAUUAGUGCAGUAUUUUAUAAAAAAUGAUUUGUGUAGUAAAAUGACCUUAAUGUUCUAUUCUACAAGUGAGUGAGUGAAUGACUUGCAAUGGACUCUGAGACUGAAAUACAGAAUAUAAUCAACUGUACCCAGCAGGUGUUGGGACCCAACUUUGACUGGGACACACUGAACGUUUCUCAGAUAUUGGACUUGUUGCCGAGUCAGAUCCUUGGGGACAUCAACCUUAAGAUCACACUCGGCAACUGCAUGGGUCUGGGCAAGAGGCCGUACAGCCCCCCCUGGUGGGGGCAGCUGUCCUGGUUCGUGGUGUUCGCGGUGAUGCUGUUGCUGGCAGUGCUGGGGAACACCUUGGUCAUAUGGAUUGUUCUAGCUCAUCGCCGUAUGCGAACAGUGACCAACUGUUUCCUCGUGAACCUUGCUGUGGCUGACCUCCUCAUGGCAACACUCAACGGUGCUCCGAAUUUCGUGUUCCUAGUCACAGCGCACUGGCCGUUCGGAUCCGUCACUUGCACGGCCAGCAACUUCACUGCUAACCUGACUGUGUCUGCUGGGGUUUUCACCCUCGUCGCUAUCACUGUUGACAGAUACGUGGCAAUCGUGAGGCCGUUGCAACACAGGCUGAGCCGCAGAGUCGCUCGCGCCGUCUUGCUCACGGUUUGGUUCGCGAGCGCACUGCUGGCGCUUCCCAGCCUUCUCUACUCCGAUACGUACACAAAGAAGUACAUAAACGGAGAGCGAGAAAUAUGUUUCAUAAAAUGGCCAGAUGGUAGCUACCCCACUUCGAGAACGGAUUACUGCUACAAUAUAGUAUUCCUGAUGGUGACGUAUGUGGUGCCAAUGGUGGUCAUGGUGUGGGCGUACGCUCGCAUGAGCGCGGCGCUGCGCGGCCGGACUAUUGGAGAGUGUACGCAUCACCAGAUGCAGGUCGUGAGGGCCAAGAGAAAGGUGGUGAGAAUGUUCGUGCUGGUGGUGGUAGUGUUUGCGCUGUGCUGGCUUCCCUACCACGCUUACUUCGUGCUGGUGUACCACCACCAGGCUCUGGCGUCGUCACCGUUCGCGCAGCAUGUCUACUUGGGCUUCUACUGGCUUGCUAUGGCCAACUCUAUGUUCAACCCGCUCAUUUAUUACUGGAUGAGUAACAAGUUUCGACUGUACUUCAAGCUAGUGCUGUGCUGGUGUCAAGCCACGAAGACCCCGACACCAAUCAACUUGACGAAGCAAUUCGAGAUGAACAAAUCCUUCUCCGUGAGCCAGAGGCCCCGCGACGCGUCGUCGUUCAGUCGAGCAUGACACUCGCGACGGCGGAGCAAUUUGUCCCGCUCGCUGCCAGCCAACGACAUGUCCAACGGUACUUCAUCCCUGAAAAACGGCGCCAUUGUCCGGACAAACCCUCGCGGGGACUCUGACGGUGAAAGGCGGUGCAAUGUUUGUGAAGACAGACUAUAAGUGAUUCUAAUGUGUUACAUUGUAAGUCCUUUUAAAUCGUGUAAAUAAUGUUUGUGUGUUUUUAUUUUGCUGUAUGUAUCAUCAUUAGCUCACCGUUGAGCACGAGUCUCCUCUCAGAAUGAGAGGGGUUAGGCCAAUAGUCCACCACGCUGGCCUAAUGCGAAUUGGCUAAUUGGAAUUGACUUCACAUACGUAGAGAAUCAAGAAAAUUCCUCACGAUGUUUUUCCUUCACCGUUUGAGACACGUGAUAUUUAAUUUCUUAAAAUUCGAACCUACGCCCCCCAAACCGAAGGCAGAGGUCACAUCCACUGGGGCCAGUGCUGUAAACGCAUUUUAUUAUACAAAAUGUAUAAUAAAAUGCGUUUGCCUAGAAGAUGCCUAUUCACUCUUGAAGAUAAAGUUAUAGGCAGUAGGGAAAACGGAGUUGGAAAGGCAUUCCAUAUAUUUGCAGUGCGUAUAACUAAUGAGGAAUCAAACUGCUUAGUACGCGUCCAAGAUAUAUCUACAACGUAGCGGUAUAGUUUGCUGCAAUAUUCUAUGAAGGAAGAAUUGGAUCAAAUAGGUUCUGAGAUGAUACAUUCAUUUAAAAUAAUCUUUUGUUGGUUGCUCUAUGAUAAUUCCUUACCCUAUGAACCGAGAAUUUGUAAAUAUUUAGCAAUUCUAUAUUCAUAAAAAUCUGUAAGUUUAGAUAUAAAUAAUAUGCUAACAAUGCUUUUUGAAUUAAAUUAAUGGGUUGUUUUAGGUACUAAUACUUUGUUAUCUCUAAGUCCAGCGUAUAUAUCUAGACAAUUAUAAAAUAACCGUAAAUAUAAAUAAACAGUGUAUGUUAGUAAUACUUAUAUAAAAUAUAAGUUAAUAAUAAAUAUAUAGAACAUACAUGAAA